GCCAGAGGCUGCGUGGGCGGGGGAAGGUUUCCAGCUUUGAAGCUGCAGGUGUUGACCUCAGGAUGGCGCUUGGUUGAGCGAGGUGUGGGAAGCUACAGGCAGGUUCCUGCCACAGGUGUUCACAACUUGGCCACUGUGUGGUCAGACCCGGUGCUGGGCUCUCAGGAUGGAGAAAGUCCCAGGGGCAAUGGAGCGAUUUAAUAAACUGGAUAUGUCAGCUAUGCUUAAGAUGGAGGCAGCUUUGGACAGAGAGCAAAUUUCCAGAAAGAUCCUCCCAGAGGCAACUCCUGUCACUCUAAACUGUAAAAUGAAAGCCAGGGAGAAGUACCAGUCUGACCUGUGGCUAGAAAUUGAACACCUGAAUAAGGUCCAGUUGGCCAUGUGGGAGCCAAUUUACUAUGCAGGUGGAAGAUUAGCUCUCAUAAACCAACCUGGAGCCCAAGGUUUAGAGCAACAAGGCCCAAGUGCAUCUUCGUUGGCACUUUACAAUACAACUACCAAUGCCCUGGCACAGUGUGAAGCUGAUCCAAUUGAGAGCAUAUUUGAACAGAAUCUGAAGAUCAAGUUUUACAUCAGUUCCGGGUCCACAUCUCCGUCGUCAUACAGUGGAGACGAAGUGGACCCAGUUAAGAUCACAGAUUCUGCUCAUCUUCCAGUUCACACACCAACAAUAAGGAGAAAAGAAUGUCAUAGUAGAAUCCUCUUUCCAACUAAGAAUAAGACCCACCGGUUUUUCCUCACAUCCUUUACUGCCCCCACCAAGUGUCACCAGUGCACGUCUCUGAUGGUGGGUUUGAUAAGACAAGGCUGCACCUGUGACGCCUGUGGGUUCUCAUGUCAUACAACUUGUGUAGAAAAAGCUCCCAGAGCUUGUCCAGUGCCUUUUCAUCAGAAGAAAGUUGCUUUCUGCCUAGAUGCACAGAAAGGCAUGGGAACAGCCUAUGAAGGCCAUGUCUGGAUCCCCAAGAAAGCAGGAAUGAAAAAAGGAUGGCAGAGGGCAUUGGCUGUAGUCUGCGACUUCAAACUCUUUCUGUAUGAUGUGGACGAAGAAAAAGACUCAAAACCCAGUGUUGUAGUGAGUCAAGUGAUUGACUUGAGGGAUGGAGCGUUUUCCGUCAGUUCAGUCUGGCCCUCUGAUUUCAUUCCCCUAAGGAGAAAGGAAAUGCCUCGUAUGUUUAAAGUCACAGCUUCCCAGCUCUCGGCACCUAGUGAUAGAUAUUCAAUCCCAAUCUUAGCAGAUAGCGAGAAUGAGAAGAGUGCGUGGGUGGGAGUGCUGAGCAAAUUGCACAAGAUAUUGAGAAAAAGUCAUUGCAGAGACCGCACAGUCUAUGUUCUGAAAGAGGCUUAUGACAGCAACCUGUCCCUGAUCAAAACCACCCAGACAGCUGCAAUCGUAGACCACAAAAGAAUUGCUCUGGGAAAUGAAGAAGGGUUAUUUGUUGUCCACGUCACCAUAGAUGAAAUUAUUCGAGUUGGUGACAUGAAGAACAUUCACCAGAUUGAGCUCAUCCCCCAUGGUCGGAUGGUUGCAGUGAUCUCGGGACGAAGUCAUCAGGUCCAGUUAUUGCCCAUGUCAGCUUUGGAUGGCCAGAAGACCGAUGUUCACAAGCUGGAAGAAACCAAAGGGUGCCAGACCAUGACCUCUGGAACAGUGUGCCAAGGGGCCCACACCUGCCUCUGUGUUGCUUGGAAAAGCCAGGUCUUCUGUUAUGAGCUAUUUCGGAGCAAGAAAAUUUCUCACAGAAAAUUCAAAGAGCUGCGAACCCCAACCACCAUCCAGUGGAUGGCCAUCUUCAGUGAACAGCUCUGCGUGGGGUUCCAGUCCGGAUUCCUGAGAUACCCCUUGCAGAGAGAAGGGAUUCCGUACAGGAUGUUGCACUCCCGUGACCCUACACUGUCUUUUAUCGCACAUCAACCAGUGGAUGCUCUCUGUGCCAUUGAGAUCUCUAGUAUCGAGUACCUGUUGUGUUUUAAGAGCAUUGGAAUUUACACUGACAGCAGGGGCCUCAGAUCGAGGCCAGUGGAACUGAUGUGGCCAGCAACUCCAACUUACUGCCGUUACAGCGCCCCGUAUCUCUCAGUGUACAGUGAAAAUGCAGUGGACGUCUUUGAUGUGAACUCCAUGGAGUGGCUCCAGACCAUCCCCCUCAAGAAGGUUCGACCCUUGAAUAGUGAAGGAUCCCUCAAUAUUUUACUUUUGGAGACAAUUAGAUUAAUAUAUUUCAAAAAUAAGAAGACAAAUGGAGAUGAGCUUGUAUUUCCUCAAAUGGUGGAUAAUCAUCAGAAGCAAGUGGUCCGACACCUGAGCAGCAAGCGGCGUUACUCCUUCAGGGCUCCCAAGAAAGGGAUGCUCCCGAAGGGGCUCUGAUCACCGUCCCCUCCAUGUACGGACCAGAGGGACCACUUGAGGACCAUGUGAUAUUUGAUGUAAUUUGUAAGAAAAAAUACAAAUAAAUCCAUGAAAGCCAGG